GUGUACCGUUGAACUACAACUACCAGAGCGUCUCUGACUUUACGCGACCGAGUCCACCCUAACGCGCGCUUUAUUUUUGUUCUCAACCGGUGUGUGGCUGUUUUCCUAACUUAACCUGGUCGGCCGUCAAUGAGCAAACACCCUCACUCACUGUUCUUAAGGAAAACCCCGUCGAACCGGCUGUUUGCCUGUGUAUACGUUGCACUUCCGGGUUUUCGGGCAAGCGUCUUUUCCUGAGGAUCAGCUGUGAUGAUUGAAUGAGCGAGCGGAGAGGAAAGAGCGACUCCUGUGUGCUGUGCUGCCGAUAAUCGUUGCGGAAUAGCAAGUGCACAAAAAAAAAGAGGAUUCCUGGAUAAAGCUGCUUCCCUGCUGGCAGGAGCGCGCUGGCACCCGUCAGAUCUUUUAUGAUAUGCUGCUGUUAUAAGUAUGAAGAUAUGUCAAUGGUGACUCAUCCUUCUGCUCUGAUACACCAGUUGUUUUGGAUCUGUAACACUUGGUUUAGUUUAACGCAGCCUGGGCUGGUGUUGUGAUGAAGGUCCGCUGAGCUCGAGUGAACCUCGGAGUCUUUAUCUGGACUGUAACGUUAAUAUAUUGAGAGAUAUACCGCGCGUUUCUGUAUUUCGUGCAUCCCACCGGCUGUCAAGCUCUGCUGGAGCUGGAAAACGACACGCAAGCGAGAGCCUGGCGGUUUUUCAUGAUUUAAUGAUUGUUAAAGUGUUGCCGGUUGGACAAUGAAGAAGUUCUUCGAUGCCCGACGGGAGAUGGUGAGCUCCGGGCCCGCGUCUGGAGCCGGUGCGGGAGGCAGCGCGGGGUCCGGUGCGUUUAUCGGACGCGUUUUCUCCAUUGGACGAUAUCAAGUGACCGUGGAGGAGACUGUGGCGGAGGGUGGUUUUGCUAUCGUAUUUCUGGUGAGGACUCAUCAGGGCGUCCGAUGUGCGCUGAAGAGAAUGUAUGUCAACAAUGAAUAUGACCUUCAAGUAUGCAAGAGGGAGAUUCAGAUUAUGAGGGACCUUGUGGGUAACAAAAACAUUGUUGGUUUCCUGGACUCCAGCAUCACAGCAGUAGGAUCAGGAGAUGUUUGGGAAGUUCUCAUAUUGAUGGACUUCUGUCGAGGUGGGCAGGUUGUGAACCUGAUGAACCAGCGCUUGCAGACAGGAUUCAGUGAGCCGGAGGUGCUGCAAAUCUUCUGUGACACAUGUGAAGCUGUCGGUCGACUACAUCAGUGCAAAACUCCCAUCAUCCACCGGGACCUCAAAGUGGAGAACAUCUUGCUCCAUGACAGAGGACAUUACGUAUUGUGUGAUUUUGGCAGUGCCAUUAACCGCUCCCAGAAUCCACAAACAGAAGGUGUGGCGGCUGUGGAAGAGGAAAUCAAGAAGUACACUACUCUUUCAUACCGGGCCCCAGAAAUGGUGAAUCUAUAUGGGGGCAAAGUUAUCACUACUAAAGCAGAUAUAUGGGCUUUGGGCUGCUUGUUGUAUAAGUUGUGUUAUUUCACGUUGCCGUUUGGAGAGAGUCAGGUGGCCAUCUGUGAUGGCAGCUUCACCAUACCAGACAACUCCCGCUACUCGCACGACAUGCACUGUCUCAUCCGUUACAUGCUGGAGCCAGACCCUGACAUAAGGCCAGAUAUCUACCAGGUGUCAUAUUUCGCCUUUAAACUGGCACGGAAAGAAUGCCCCGUACAGAAUAUCCACAAUUCACCCAUUCCAGCAAAACUUCCAGAGCCAAUCAGAGCCAGUGAAGCCGUGGCCAAGAAGAGUCAAAACAAAGCCAGGCUCACUGAUCCAAUCCCCACGACUGAGACGUCCAUAGCACCACGGCAGCGCCCAAAGGCUGGCCAAGCUCAACCACUCCCAGGCAUCCUGCCCAUUCAGCCAGCCCUCACCCCUCGCAAAAGAGCCAAUGCACCUGCAGGACCAAGCCAGCCAAUCAGUGUUAACAUGGCUUCCCAGCCUGUUGCCCAAUCACAGGUUCCUGUCAAUCAGCAACAAGCCACACCCACUCCAAUGCAGGCCACUCCCUCUCCACCCCAGACCACACCCCAACAUGCACAACUUUUUGUGCAGCAGCAAAAUACAGCCUUCUUCACUGCUCAACAACAGCAGCAUCACUCAGCACAGGCCUCCGUCUUACCUGCACAAAUGGUUGCAUCAUCCUCCACUCCUGUUUCCACACAGUCUAAACCUAAGAGCAGGGCGCCCCCUCCACCCACACACCACCCUCAAAACAACCGCCUGACAACAUUAUCAGCAACCGCACAGACAAAAACCAAAGCAACGGCUCCAGCCCCGCCCACAGAGUGUUCGCAUAGUAAUAGUGUAGAUGGUGAUAUCGCUGCGACUGUGUCUGCCCAACCUAAAACCAAAGCUAUGGCACCUCCACCCCCCACAUCGCAUGCCUCCACCCUUCCUCCACCCAAAACCACCUCAGCGCCAUCCGCUGACUCUGAAGUGGACCCAGAGCAGAGGUCUCUCGGCGGAAGUCGUGGGGUGCAUAAAGUCGGCUCCUUGACUCCUCCCUCUUCUCCCAAGACCGCCCCCAAAGGAGGCCACAGACGAAUUCUGAGUGAUGUCACACACAGCACCAUAUUUGGAGUUCCUGUGAGCAAGUCCACUCAGCUGCUUCAAGCUGCUGCUGCAGAGGCCAGCCUCAACAAAUCCAAGUCAGCCAGCACCACUCCCUCUGGUUCUCCAUGUUCAUCACAGCAGAGUGUUUAUCAGUCAGGGGACGCUUCGGGACCCUCGGCUGGAGCCGCAGCAUCCUGGAACCCCUUUGGCAAUGACAAUUUCUCCAAACUCACAGCAGAAGAGCUGCUCAACAAGGAUUUUGCCAAACUGGAUGCUAAGACAGCAGAGAGAUCCUGCCCUGAAAAUCUGAUUUCUGGGUUGCAGUCUGUAUCUUCCAAUAAAGGCUUUCUCCAGGGAGGAGAGAAGUUGAUCGAGGGUUUGAAGUCUCCAGAGCCCUCUUCCUCCCUGAUCCUCCCUGACCUUCCCUUGAAUGACCCCUUCAGCCCUGCAGACUGUAGUCAUGCUGGGAUGGAUUCUCUGAUCCCUGGCCUGGAUCCUCUACAGACUGAUCCUGGGUCAGCUGCACUACCAGAAUCUUUGGUUGGACAGGAUUCUCUUUUGGAUGGGCCACUUCUCUCCCACCCCUCCACUGGGGGUCUAAUACUGGCCUCAUCUCCCUCACCUCUCCCUACACCAUCUAUGGACCAGUUUAACACUACUGCUUUGAGCAGUGGACAGUCCCACCAGGCCUCUGAUCCAGCUCACCCUCUCUCAGGCUUCCAGUCCUCUGAGACUGGGGACCAAAGCUCCGAUAACCAGUUUGACCCAAUUCCAGUGCUUAUCUCCAAAAGCUCCAGCCAAGGUGGUCAUUCUCGCAGCAACAGUGGCAGUUCUGAGACCAGUCUGCCCUCGCUGGCACGCUCCCUUCUGCUGGUGGAUCAACUCAUCGACUUGUAGAGGAAACAGAGAGAGGCAAAUGAAUAGAGAGACAGGGAAGAGGGCAGCGUGCAAUUCUUAAAAAUAUAGACAGAGUUUAGAAACCUCAACCUUAAGUCCCAUAAACCCUGUCCACCCUCGAUUCCUUUUCACAUUUGCUGUAUGUCUCUCUUCUGCUGAUCCAUAAACAUUCUCAUCGCUCUAUCAUUGAUUUAUCCUUCAUGCUUCAGGAUGUCAAUCCGUGGGAAACAAUGAUGAUUUAUGUCAGCUAGGGGUGAUAUUAACCCAAAACCCAAAACCCAUUAUCCUUCUUUGAAGACAACUUGAAAUUCGUUAUAUCACUCUACGUUAUAUCGGCUUUUUAAAAUAAAACAAUAUUUAAUAAGUACUGCAGGAAGGAAUUUGAUAUAUUCCAUUUCUGUUUAAAAGUUUGAGGUUGGUACGAUUUUUACAUGUUUCUAAUGUUCAUCAGGGCUGCAUUCAUGUGAUUAAAAAAAUAAAGUAAAAAUUGCAGUAUUACGAAAUAUUUUUAAGGUAAAUCUGAAUUUUCAGCAUCAUUACUUCAGUCUUCAAUGUCAGAAAUUAGUCUAAAAAGAUUCACUGUUCACGAAACUGAUUUAUUGUUAUCAAUAUUAAAAACAGUAACUCCCCCAUAGCAUUCAAAAUCAGCAUAUACUUUUUACAUUCUCGGGUCAGUUUUGAUCCAGUGGAAUUUAAGCUUAUAAACAUUCCUACUUUAAUUAUUUUCAACUUAAAAUAUGUAGAGUUCAGAUGCAAAGCCUCUAAAUCCAUCUGACAUUUUUCUUUAAAAUAAGCAUUUUUAUCAGGCUGCUAUGAAUAGGUUUCUGUGUAAGUAUCGGCACUUCUAAUUGGGCUGAGACUGGAAUUUAGCGAAAGUAUUUGAUGGACGUAUGCUAUGUGUCAAAAGUAUUCACUCAGCAUCAUUAUCUCAUUUUUGACCGAGGGGGCUUUUAGCUGGUUUUGCAUCUGAACUCUUCAAAUAUUGGAUAUGUUUAAUAAUGUUUUAGCAACAUAGAUGUUUUUUUAAUUACCAAAAUAUCAUGUUGUUAGCUAAAAUUUGUUAAAUAAAUUAGAAAUUCUUUGAAAUUCCCAAUUUUACAUACUACCGCAAAACUAGCUUGAUUCAAACAAACGUAUCAAUAUUUUUGAGAAACUUUAUUUGAAUAUGUAUGAAAUGUAUAAGAACAUAAGAAUUACCUGCAUUACCAGUUGACUUCAGUUGGUUUAAUUUGUGUGUGUUUUAGGAUUAAAUUGAUGAAUCAAAAGUACAAUUUAAAGAAGAAUUUAUUUGAAAUGGAAAUCUUUUGUAACAUUACAAAUGGCUUUACUGUCACUUUUAAUAAAUUAAAUGCAUCCUUGCUGAAUAAAAAAGUAUUAAUCUUUUCAGUCAGUCAAUCAAUCAAACAAUCAGUCAAUUCUUACUGACCACAAACUUUUGAAUGGGACACGUUAGUCCUCAAAAAGGUGAUAGUUACCAUAAAGUGUCAUUAAAACAGAAAUGGAGAAUAGCUAGAAGUGUUAGCAUUCACAUACUUAUGUAGACCAUAUUUUGGCCCUUUAAAGUGGUAAAGUUAAAGGAGAAGUUCACUUCCAGAAAUUCCAAGUAAUUUACUUACCCCCAUGUCAUUCAAGAUGUCCAUGUCUUUCUUCAGUUGUAAACAAAUUAUGUUUUUUGAGGAAAACAUUUGAGGUUUUUUCUCCAUAUAGUGGACUAUGGUUCCCCCAAGUUUAAACUUCCAAAAUGUAGUUUAAAUGCAGCUUCAAAUGGUUCUAAACCCAGCUGAGAAAUAAGGGUCUUAUCUAGCGAAACAAUUCGUUAUUUUCUAAAAAAUUUGACAAUUUAUAUACUUCUUAACCUCAAAUGCUCGUCUUGUCUAGCUCUGCAUGAACUCUGUGUAUUCUGGUUCAAUACAGUUAGGGUAUGUCAAAAAACUCCUGUCUCAUUUUCUCCUCCAACUUCAAAAUCAUCCUCGAUUUCUGCAGAGGUAUGCCCUUCACAAAAACAGGUAAACCAGUGAUGUAGGAUGAUUUUAAAGUUGGAGGAGAAAAUGAGAUGGGAGUUUUUCUACAUUCGCAAGCGUGUCACAGAGCUAGACAAGAUGAGCAUUUGAGGUUUAAAAGUAUAUAAAUUGCUUCUUUUUCAGUCAUUUCGCUAGAUAAAACCCUUAUUCCUUGUCAUUUAAACUGCAUUUUGAAAGAUCAUACUCACGGGCACCAUUGAAAUCCACUAUAUGGACAGAAACCCUGAAAUGUUUUCCUCAAAAAACAUAAUUUCUUUACGACUAAAGAAAGAAAUAGAUUAUCUGUAAAUUAUUCUCUGAAGGUGAACUUCUCCUUUAAACUUUUCCCAUCCACAUUAUUAGAUCUUGCAAAGAAUCAAUGCAACAUCAAGAUAAACAUAUAAACUGCUGUAAAUGAGCACUUGCUGAGGUGUUUCCCUUUGCAGUUGUUAAAAUCGGUCACAUUGCUGCAUUUAUUAUCAUAAAACACUUGGAUUUUGUUCCUCUGUGAUGUUCUUUCAUCCCAUCAUUUAUUUUUUCAGUCAUUCUGUCUCUUCUGCCUCAUUCGUUUCUUCUUUUGUUUAUUUGUAUCCCAUGCUUUUUUUCUUUGCUUUUUGCUCUAUCAGACAAUUAAUAUUUAUAAUUCAAUCCAGUUAAGCAUUGUCCCCUUUAACGACACACAUAAAGAGUAAAUGCAGUGUGAAGAUGAAAAAAAAAACAUAUAUUGAGGGUAAAUUAGGCUGUGAUUGUACAGGACUAAUAUACAAACUGAGAAUCUGUGUAAAUGUGUAUUAUAUUCAAGAUAAAUGUGAUAAGAUUAUUUAUCUGUAUGUUAGAGCACAAAGUUCUGUCCGUUGGAUUUUCUUUUGUCACAUUCUGCCUGUGUGUUUCUCAUGUGAAGGCUGUUUUGGAUAAACUUGAAUAUACAGAUAGCGACUAUCAGAGAUCAGCGGUUUUGAAAAGAAUCUGUUUCAUCUAUCAAGCUUGAAAUGAUAAAUGUAAAUAAAUAUAAGAUGUUCCAAAACCUCAUGAGCUGUACCUUUAGGCAGCAUUUAAAGGCAUUAUUUAUUUUUAUCCAUUACCACCUCAAAUAGCCUCUAUUUUGAAUCUUAACCUCUUAAGAUUUCAAUUAGAACAGAUAUGUGUUUGUAAGUUUUCUAAGUAAACUUUGAGUAAAUGUGUUUAGACUAAGCCUAUGACGGACUGCUCCUCCUGAGGUCUUGUGUACCUUUUACCAGAAAUGAGAGAUUCAAAUAAAACAAACAAUGAUUCGUUCUUGAGUUACUGCCAGAAGAUAACUCAUCGUACACCAAACUGUUUUUCAAUAGGCAAUAUUUUUGGAAAGUGUAAAGUUAUGUUUUCCAGGCUUGGAAAAGUCAUGGAUAUUACGACAAUUAACAUAUUUUUUUCCUAUAGUUAUGCUCAGCUAUAUCUAUUUUUGAGCAAUUGUGAUUCUGAAUUGUUCAGUUGAAUCAGUUCUUUUGUGUCCAAACUGGAGUGUGUUUCCCAAAAGCAUCGUUGGCCAGUUAUGGUUCCUAGUUAUCAAUGUAGAGUUUCCUGAAAUCAUACUGUAGUUUGAACAAAUAUUCGCAAACAGCAAUGCAAAUUUGUGUGGUUGGAACUACAGCUCUCAACCUGUGGUUAAAAGCAUGAAUCAAUCAUGAAAUGAAGCAAAACAUUUGAGACAUUUGCAACUAGCUAGUUAAUUUCUCCAACGAUGCAUUGCACUAUGGUAGUAAAUCAGCAAAUUCUGAUGUUUUAUGGGAAACGUACUCCUGAAUAGAUCAUUUGCUCUCAUCUGACUCAAAUAUGAAUCAAUUUUUCAGUAAUCACAAAUGACUUAAUAUGUUACGGAAAAUUAUAGAAAUUCAUUGACAAAAUGAAAUUUCUAGAAAGCAGCGUUUAUAUAAUGCUGAUAUUAAUUACCUGUAAUCCUAUAAGACAAAAUUAAACAUACAAUAUUAAACUGUUUUACUCCAUAUGCACUCAAAAAUAAAAAGUUGACAACAGAAAUAGUUUAUUAUGAUUCAACUUUGUUUAAUUCAGAUGAGCGGGUAUAGUUAUCGGGUUAUGUCAAAUAUCUCAAAAUUGUCAAAUAUCACCUUUAUGUAAAAGCUGAUGUCGACACUGAAUCUCUGCAAAGACACAUUUACCAACACAUAUCAAAUGUAAAACCAUAUAGAUCUCAAUAUAGGAAAAUAUGUCUGUCUGUACUAUAUGUAUGACGUUUGGUUUUUCAUAAUUAGAUGUGUGGAAGCAGUAAUAAAACAGAAUCAUUUCUUUUGAGAUGUAACUGCUAAUAGAGUAUACGUAAAUGUUUUUUUGUUAAAUGCUAAGAGCAUUGAUUUAUUUUGAGUCACUGUUUUGUUCGAAGCUUGUGCAAAUGCUGCAUCGGUAGAACAUUGUUGUGAAAUAUUCAACCCGAUCUCAUGAGGAAAAUGUAACUAUUUUAUGAACUGCUGAUUUUGUAUGAAUUUGCACGAUGUAGUUAAUACGUGUCGUAAACUUGCAAUUUUUAGAAAAAAAAUGUAAUCUUAAAUUUAACCAUCAGUGGGGCGUGAGCAAAUUGUUUCAAACACAUAUGAAUGACAUUGUACAAAUUCAUACAAGUUAGCCACCAUUUCAUGGUUAUGAUUUGACGUGAGAUUGAGUUUUCAAUGUUAUCAAAUCCGUAAUUAUCAGUAUUUUUUCUCCUCCUCCCUUUGCUUGUUUUAAUGUGGCUGACCUAUGCAAUUUGACUGUAGUGCUCAUGUUACUCUUAGAUAUGCACCUAGCGGUGUGGCUAAGUAGUCUGACGUCUAUCUUGUGUUGUAGCAUUUAUUAGAGCUCAUGUCAGGAGAAAAUAAUGAUGACAACAAAACAGUCUUAUCUAUACUGGAAUGCCAUGGUUUUAUCGUUUUUUCCUCAUGUUAUCGAAUGCAGAAUUCUUUGUUUUUAUGCGACAAUGAAAAUUCUGAAAAGAAGGAUAUUAAAUAAAAGUGUAGAUUGGAACAGA